AUCCACAAAAUUAAAAAUAAAAUAAUAAAAUAAUCUUUAAAGUGAAGGAGCCUCUCCCACGUUUACCAUUCCAGGAGCAGAGCAAUGGCUGCUCCAGCUGUUGAAGGCGCAACUGUCGCUGUGACAGCCCUCCGUUCGGUCCUACUCCGAGUCCGACAAGCAGCGGAGCGAUCUGGACAUCGUCCUGAACGAAUCCGGGUCGUGGGUGUGUCGAAAACCAAACCAGUUUCUCUCAUCCGCCAAGUGUAUGAUGCUGGUCACCGUUGCUUUGGCGAAAACUAUGUUCAAGAAAUCAUCGACAAAGCUCCGCAACUUCCAGAGGACAUCAAAUGGCAUUUUAUUGGGCAUUUGCAGAGCAACAAAGCGAAAACGCUUCUGGGUGGAGUGCCAAAUUUGGACAUAUUUGAGGGUGUAGAUAAUGAGAAGAUUGCAAAUCAUCUUGACCGAGCUGUUGCAAAUCUUGGAAGAAGUCCUUUGAAGGUUUUUGUCCAAGUGAAUACAAGUGGAGAAGCAUCAAAAUCAGGCAUUGAUCCUUCAGGUUGUUUAGGGGUUGUGGAGCAUGUAAAACUGCACUGCCCAAAUUUGGUGUUCUCAGGCUUAAUGACAAUUGGGAACAAAGACUAUUCAUCAACUCCUGAGAACUUUAGGGCUUUAUUAAAUUGUAGACAUGAGGUUUGCAAGGCGUUUGGAAUGGUAGAGGAUCAAUGUGAACUGUCAAUGGGCAUGUCUGGUGACUUUGAGCAAGCUAUUGAAAUGGGAAGUACCAACGUGAGAGUUGGAUCAACCAUAUUUGGACCUAGGGACUAUGCAAAGAAGCAGCCGAAUUAGUGUCAAUUCUCCCACACUUCUGCUUCUGCUAAUGUGUUCACUCUACAAACAUGAAAAUUAUCGGUCAGAAGUGUUUACCCUUCUUUGUAUCACAUCAGUAAGAGUAAAGUAAAAAAGAAGUUUAACUUCUGCUUCUCAUUCCAACUUGGCAAAGGUCUCGUCUCCAAUUGAUGCUCAGAGCACAAGCUGGAGGCUGAAGGGCCUAAUUCCGAGAAGCAACCUUACAUAAUGUUGUAUUUGAUCUUAUUGAAUGAAUUAUUGGCUUAGCAGACUAUUCUUAAUCCAAAUUGAUGCUACAUGGAUUAUAAAGAUUCUUGCCAGUUUGUUUAAUUCAAGAGGCAAUAAAAUGAAGUUCAUAUAA